GAAAUAACUGCCGCCGGCAGCGCCCCGACUCCCUCUCCGGUUUCCUGGCCUCCAGCAGCGCCAUGACUCCAUCCCCGACUCGCUGGUCGGCGCAACGGCUGCGUCCGGAAAGCUCCGUCCCGCCACCACGCCGCCACCAGUGCAGCACAGAUUUUGGUGAGAUCUCCUCUCCACCGCCGUCACUCCCACUGCUGCACGGAUCCAUGGCGGAGUCCGCAAGUCUCCUCCAUGGCCUCCAGGAUGAGAUCUUCAUGUUUGAGAUCCUCGUUCGCCUGCCCCCCAAAUCCCUCCUUCGCUGCCGUGCCGUCUGCCACGCCUGGCGCGGCGCCACCUCCGACCGCGACUUCCUUGUCGCCCACCACGCCCGCCAGCCCUCACUCCCUCUCCUUUACACUGAAAUUGAUGAGCCGCCGUCCAUAGGCAUCAUCACCCCCUUCCCCUGCGACCACCGGGCAGACGACAAGCUCCAGUCCGUUGCCCAACUCAGUGGUGCCCAUGACUUCUUUCCCGUGGCCUGCUGUGACGGCCUCCUUGUCUUCACCACCUGCGGGGGUGAACGCCUCUCCAUCUGCAACCCGGCCACUCGUCAGUAUGCUCGUCUCAACCAGCUUGAUGACUUCACGGUUUUGGGGAUGUACCCACACAGCCCUACCAGCGAGUACCAACUACUGCUCUGCGUCUGCCCGGAAACUGAUGCUCAAAGUGGCUUCUACGUCUUCACAUUAGGCUCUGACCAGCAGCCAAGGCACAUCGGGGCGCAUGCCAAGGGACUGUUGCAACACCAACCUGUCCUUUUCCGUGGUAGCCUGCAUUGGCACACAGAGCGACUGAUAAUGGUAUUUGACACCACCGCUGAGUUGUUCCGGCAGAUGCGCUCUCUGAUUGAUCCCGGCCAUGCCGAGGCUGACCUGUUUGAGAUGGGUGACUUGCUUGGCAUGUACAGUCUUAAUGAAGAAAAUACCAUUGUUCAUGUCUGGGUGAUGCAGGACUACGAAGGCCAAGUCUGGGCCUCCAAAGCCUGGCGGGUUCAAUUGCCGAUUGCAGAGCUAAGGGUGCUAUUAAAAAACUUUCGCGGUUUUUGGUGUGUGGAUGUUGCAUAUUGGGAUGGUGAUGUCCUCGUGCUGGUCGAUAUUGACAAGGACUCGCUACUUCAGUUUGACAUUGAUGGCAAGUUGGUUGCUAGUCUCCAUCGCAGAUUUCUCUGCUAGUGGACUUCGGCUCAAACAAUCUCUAGUUUCACAUACCUGCUUUCCGGCACCAGAGGAUUAUGUUCACCUUUCAUCUGACCAGAUUGUUAUGUUGUGAAUAUUAUUUAGCUUUUUCUCUGAGCUGAAGAAUUGCCUUGGUUUUUCUGUAUCAAGGUCUUAUUUCUUGAAGAUCAUCUCGUGGUUUUCAUAAUACUAAAUAUUUA